AUGCAUAAUCGCCUGAGCACAGCCACAAAAAUAACAUCUGUGAUAUCGACCGACAUCAACGAGGAUAAUCCAGACGGUGUAAGUGUACCCCCAAUAACCCCUGAUCUUCUGCGUCAGCCGAAGAGGUCUGAUACCAGUCCUGUUCUGACCCGAGUGGAUGAUGCUGGCAAAGACGGACAUGCCCCAUAUCGCCUCCUUAAUCAGUUUAUGGUGGUGAUCAUGGCGGGGAGCAACGGGUACCUUUGGGGAGCCCUCACUGGUUUCACCGCAAUGGGGCUUCAUAGCAUCAAGACUGAUCCUGAAGCACCUUUCAACGUCACUCAGGAAUACCAAUCACUCUUCGGCGGAGGAGGUCACUUGGGUUCGAUGGCGGGUGCCCUCACUGGCGGUUUUGUGGCCGAGCUACUCGGCCGUAAACGGGUACUCCUGCUGUACAUCCUCGUCUACAUGGGGGCAUGGCUUCUGAUCGCUUUCCCAGCCUCACUCGCUAUGUUCAUUACCGGGCGUCUAAUCACGGGAUUUGUUUGUGGAACCCGCCAUGUAUCCGUCUAUAUGUACGUUUCCGAAUGUGCACAUCCGAAAAUCCGCGCACGGAUCGGCACGUCCGUGCAAUGCUGCCAAAUGCUCGGUGUUCUCCUGAAUUACAUCCUGGGAUCCUACCUACCAUGGAGAGAGCUGGCCAUCAUCAAUGCUUGCCUACCUUUGCUACUCUUCAUCGCCAUUUUAUUCAUCCCGGAGUCACCGAUGUGGCUCAUUGCAAAGGGGCGAAUGGAAGCCGCUCGAGCAAGUCUUCAGAGGCUUCGAGGACGAGACAUCGACGUAUCUGCUGAGUUCCAGGAUAUGACCUCUCACUUCCAGAAUACCAAAUCCUCCCUCACGUCUUGGAAAAUGAUCUUCCGCUUCUCCUACUUGAAACCAAUUUUCCUUCUACUAAUCAUGGUCAUCCUGCGACAGUUCACGGGGUUCGUCGUGAUUCUGUAUUAUGCCUUCGACAUCUUCCGAGAAAGUGGUAUCGGGAUGAAUCCGUACCACGGGACGAUGAUCUUGGGGUCGUUCCAGUUCGUCGCAUAUCUGGUUGGAGGAUACAUCAUGGAUCGACUCGGACGUCGACGGGCCAUCGUCGUCUCUGCAUCUGUCAUGGGUGUCGCUGAAUUCUCCCUCGCUAUUUUCUACUUUCUCAAGAGUCAAGAUCAUCUUGAGCAUCUGGUUAUCUUCGUUCCCUGGUUUCCCCUCUUGGCCUUGAUGAUCACCAUGAUCGGAUUCUCCCUCGGAGCAGGAAGCAUCAUCGUCAUCUCCGUCGGGGAGCUCGUCCCCAUCCAGAUCAAGAACAAGGCGACAGGCUUGAUCAAUUUCUUCGUUACCGGUUUUGCCUUCACCAUCCUGGAAGUAUUUUUCUACAUGGUGGACGCGAUUCAGUUUUACGGAACGUUUUGGGUAUUCUCAUGCUGCUGCUUCGGCCUGGCUUUGUACUUCCACUUUGUCAUGCCUGAGACCAAAGGCGAAAGCCUUAGUCAGAUUGAGCGCAAAGUCACUCAAACAAACCUGGACAGCAAAUGCUCCUGA